AUGGUGGAAAAAAUUGAUGAAGCAGUGGGAAGGUUUUCUAUCUCAUGUAAAUUUAAGAAUGUGGUAGAUAAUUUUGUUUGGGCUUUCAUUGGUGUGUAUGGACCAAACUCUAAUCAUGACAGGCGUCUGCUUUGGGAAGAGCUGGCUGGAAUUCAUAGUUGGUGGAAUGUGCCUUGGUGCAUUGGAGGCGAUUUUAAUGUUGUGAGAUUUCCUUCGAAGUGUCUUGGUGCUGACUCUUUCUUUUCAGCCAUGCUUGAUUUUUCAGAUUUUAUUUCUAAACACAAUCUUAUUGAUUUUCCAUUGGAGGGUGGUACUUUCACUUGGUCCAAUUCUAAAGCAGUGGCUUCACGGUCUAGGCUUGACAGAUUUCUUCUCUCUUCUGAUUUGGAAGAGCACUUUCCUAAUAUUCGUCAAAAAAGAUUGCAUAGAUUACUUUCAGACCACUUUCCAGUUCUUUUAGAAGGGGGAAAUUUUCACAGAGGCAGUCGCCCUUUUCGCUUUGAGAAUAUGUGGUUAAAGGCAAAGGGUUUUGUGGAGAAAGUGAGAACUUGGUGGGAGUCCUAUCAUUUUCAAGGUUCCCCUAGCUUUCGGUUUGCAAGCAAAUUGAAAGCUUUGAAGCUAGAUUUAAAGAAAUGGAAUGUUGAAGAAUUUGGCAACGUGGAGGAUAAGAUGAACAAGUUAUGGAAGAAUCUUGAAGUUCUGGACUUGUUGGAAGAUAGUCGUCCUCUAUCAUAUGAUGAGACUUUGGAAAAAGAACGGCUUCGCAUUGAUCUUGAAAAGGUGAAUUGA